AUGACCUGCCCUUUCAGCAACCCGAGAAACCUCUUUGACGACCUCGCCACAGCCCGAGAAACACCAAGUAUAGAAUACAGCGAGAAACUCGGAGGCUAUGUCAUCUCUCGGUACGACGAUAUAGUCUCAGUUCUAGACAAUCCCGGUGUUUUCAGCUCAAGACACACUGUACCCGAUUUCCCACCACAAGUCAAGCAAAUCUUUGCAAACAAGGUCCCGGAAAGGGGAACUCUGCUUGCGUAUGACAACCCUGAUCAUGAUAGGCUGCGAAAGAGCGUAGCAUCUUUCUUCGUGCCUAGAAGACUAGAGCGUUUUGAGCCUUUGUUAAGAGCAACAGCUCAUGAUCUGAUAGACGGAUUUGUGGAAAAGGGUUGUGUUGAUAUCAAGAGCAACUUUGCACUUCCAUUACCCCUACGGACUAUCGUUAUAGUUGCUGGUCUCGACCCAUCGCGAUGGCAAUGGAUUGGGAGAUGUCUUUCUCUAUUUGGAGGAAUUACUCAGACGAACGAGGAGUUGAGCAUUGAGCAGCGAGUUCAAGAUGUGUUGGAUCUCCACGAAUAUGUCGCCCAAGUCAUCCAAGAGCGCAAGAAAGACCGGAGAGACGAUCUGAUCAGCCAUAUCUGGAAUGAGAGAGAUGCUGGGGUAGUCGAGAUGACAGACUAUGAGCAUCUCAGCAUGAUCCCAGGACUUCUCUUGGCUGGACAUGAAACAACCACCAAUCUUCUCUCAAUGGGGAUAUCUCAUCUACUACACCACGAUCUAUGUGACACCGCCACAAAAGACGAAGAGGCGAGAAAAACCGCGAUUGAAGAACUUCUUCGAUACGAGUCUGCCAUAACAGGAAUGGAACGUCUCGUUAAAGAAGAGUCCAAGAUCGGAGAUCACACUGUCCAACCUGGCGAGAAACUCUUCGUUGCAUAUAAUUCCGGAAGUCGAGACACCACAAAAUUCGAGAACCCCAAUAGACUGGAUUUCAAUAGACAGCAUAAACACCAGCACCUUGGCUUUGGACGAGGCAUUCAUGCUUGUCUUGGUGCACCUUUUGCGCGGCUCCUUCUACGAACUGAACUUGCGGUGCUGAAGGAGAGACUACCGAACUUGAGGCUCAAGACACCAUAUGAAGAGAUUCAGUACUGUAAGGUUCAUGCUGGCCGUGGGCCAGAAAGCGUCGAGAUCCAAUGGGAUGUGCCAUCUUUGGAUGAGAUGCGUGUUAAUGUUGGACGAGCCAAUGUCAAUCCCACGCUUCGGGCUUCUGCAAAGACAGAAGAGUUGGAGGUGGUCGUUAAAAAUGUCGAGAAAGUUACAGAGAGGAUCAUCCGCCUGACACUAUGUCCCAAAGAUAGUGGGAAGGUCCCGAAGUGGUCGCCCGGAUCACAUAUCGACGUCCAAGCUGGCACUAUCGGCUAUCGCCAAUAUUCUAUAUGCUCAAAGCCCUCUGACGAUCAGCACAUGCAAAUAGCGGUACUUCGAGAAAAUGAUACUGGUGCCUCGAAUUGGAUACACCGGAAUGCCAUUAAAGGGAGCCAGAUGUUAAUUCGGGGACCGCGUAACCACUUCAGUCUCGAGUUUGGGUCCCGCAAGACAAUAUUCAUCGCGGGGGGCAUUGGAAUCACCCCGAUUAUGCCAAUGGCCGAAGCUGCGAAAGAGACUGGCGUUGACUACUCUAUUCUGUACCUUGGCCGAUCGAAGAACAGCCUUGCAUUUGUGAAUGAGUUGACAGAAGAGCAUGGCGACCGCUUCACACUGUGGGCCAGCCAAGAUCAAGGCGGGAAUAGAUUUGGCCUAAAAUCCUACCUGCAGCAAGAAGAUCUCAGAGAUCUGCGAGUUUACUGUUGCGGUCCAGAGGCACUCCUCACAGGGGUCGAAGAAGCCCUGGCAGACACACCACCAGGAGUUCUACGACUCGAGCGCUUCGCUGCACAUAACACUGAAAAGAAGAGGCCAAAUACUUCAUUCGACGUGAUCUUGGCCCGAAGUAACAAGGUUCUACGAGUGCCAAAAGAUAAAUCAGUUCUGGAGGUGAUCAACGAAGCAGGCGCUGGAGUGCUCUCGACAUGUAGUACUGGAGUAUGUGGAACCUGUGAAGUAAGGGUUCUGGAUGGGCUUGUUGACCAUCGAGAUGUUGUUCUGACGCAUUCUGAGAAAGCGGAGGGGAAGAGUAUGAUGCCGUGUGUUUCGAGAUGUCUAGGGAAGAAGUUGACAUUGGAUCUUUGGUAA